AUGAAUUCUACGCAGAGAGUCAUUACCGACUCCAACAAGUCUCCGCUUGUUCAGGUUUUGACCAUGAUGUUUCUGGUCGUUGCCAUUCUCUCAUGCUUUGUGCGCAUGGGAACAAAGAUCCACAUGAUCAAGGCGUUGAGGGUCGAUGAUAUUCUCACCAUUGUCGCAACUGUUCUCUCGGUUGCCCAGUCCGCUGUCGUUUUUGUCGCAUGCGACCAUGGCCUUGGAAAACAUUUUGACACAUUGAGCACUGAUGAUAUCGACGUAUUCUUCAAGACACAAUAUGCCAUUAACGCCAUGCUCAUCGCCUCCCUCUUCUGCUGCAAGCUCUCAGGCACAAUGAGUCUCCGUAUCAUGGGCCAAAAGAGCCAGAAAUGGAUCUUUAUCACUUGCGAGGCUGUCGUCGGCCUCUGGGGUCUCACUGCCCUCAUCGUCAGCUUCUUCCAGUGCAGCCUUCCUUCUCCCUGGCUGUACGACGAUGCUGAAAAGUGCAUUAACCGUACUGCUUUCUGGACUUAUUACUCCAUUGCUAACAUCAUCACUGAUCUUGCUAUUGUGGUGGUGAUGUGCGAGAAUGUCAUGAAGAUCCGCACAUCACUGUCCAAGAAGAUAUUGGUGAUGAGUGUCUUUGGUAGUCGCAUUCUUGUCACACCUGCUAUUGCUGUCCAGAUCUACUACACCAACAGGGCCAUUGCCUCAAUAGACUUUUCCUUCUCCAUCUGGCAAGCCGCCAUCGCCAUCCAGCUGGUCCAAUGCCUCGCCAUCCUCACAGUCUGCGUCCCCAACUUCAAGCCCUUCCUCGACAGCCUAGAGUCGGGCCAGAUCCGGAUCGACGAUCUCCGCCGACAGGGCAAGUCGAGCAGCAACGGCUACCCAACCAACCGGGCGGGAUACGCAGGCUACAAAUCAGCCGAGAACAGCGCUAUGGGCAGCCGAUCACGAACGGCAAAGGAACCCCCCACGACCCAAUCGCAAGCAAGUCAAGUUUUUGAGAUGGUUGACCUGCCCAAGCACAGAACCAAGGCGGCUGGGGAUGCGACGUGGGAUGGGCAGAGUCGAACGAGCCACUCCAGCCAGACGAUUCUGAUUCACCAGACUUGGCAGGUGGACGUGGAGAACAUGCACGAGAGGGAGCGGGACUAA